AUGGAUGUGACUCUAAGCUCAAAACUUGGAGAAAAUGACAAACGAGUACGAAAAAUUUCCACAAGUGGUUAUAUGAUACUACGUGAAACAGAAGGUAUGAAACCAGUAGUGUCAGUUAUUACAACAUCGGCACCUGUUAUUAACUCUAAUGUGUCAAAAUGUGAUUCAGAAAGUUCAAAUUUUGAACUUCAAGUUGAUGAUGAUGAGGACGAAUUUACAAACGAUGAUAUUAUAAAUGGUGAAUGGUGCCGUUGGACUGUAUCUGAAAUUGUUCAGUUAAUAUGUGCUGGAUUGCUUGCCUGUUUAGUUGGCAUGUUUCUAUUUUCAUUAUUUUAUAAAUUUACAGAAAAUGUUAUUUCGGUUAAUCGAAAUCAAACAUGGUGGUAUAAUUAUACAGAAAACGAGACAUUGAUGGAUGAACAGAACGAAAGUUAA